CACGCAUGUGUAUAUCGAGCGAGUGUAGUAUGUUCCUGAGGCUGAACGGGAGUAGCAGAAGUGAAACGUUUUUCUCUGAAAUUAGCUGUGUAAUCAAGUCACAAAUAAACACACCGGCCUCCCAAGCAAAUGCUUGCCUGUCUGCCUUAUUUAAAAGUGGGUUUCUGAACCCGAGGCCUGUCGCUCCGUCCCUGGAAGACUGCAGAGAGUCAUCAGGAUAGAAAGACACAUCAUGAUGGUCUGAGCUCGAUUGACAACAGUAUGAUAGCUCUUGGAGGGAAGAUGAUACCAUGCUACACUGUACAGAGGAACCUGGCAUGUAUUCAGCGCACUGUGGGUGGAGUUCGUUGGACGAGCAGCUGUAGACCAGCCCCGCUUCUGACAGCCUCUCCUGUUCGUGCUCUCAUAGAUGACAAGAUCAGCAUUAGAGGACACUUCCUGCCCCCACGGUGUCCCGUCACAGUGUGUGCACAAAUGCAAAGUGAUGAUGGUGACCUGUGGGAAGCAUUUGCUCAUUUUAAUACAAAUUCAGAUGGGACUGUAAACUUGACCAGGGAUCCUUCAGUCGGGGGUUCAUAUUUGGGCUGUGAGCCAAUGGGGUUGCUAUGGGGACUGCAGCCGGCUCCGGGGGCCAGAGAAGGCUUGAGGCUGAGAAAAAAAAAAGUAGAGACUCCAUACGUAAUGCUCAUGUCCUUACUGAAGGGCCAUGUUUCACCCAGUGAGAGACCCAGCACCGAGCUCGCUGCUGUAACUGCUGAGCGCUGGUACAUGGCACCAGGCGUACGGAGAAUAGAGAUUCGCCAGAACGGAGUUGUCGGGACGUUGUUUUUACCGCCUGGCCCAGGCCCAUUUCCAGCCAUGUUGGACCUGUGGGGAAUGGGUGGAGGACUGGUAGAGUACCGCUCCGCCCUUUUUGCCUCCAGGGGCUAUGCUAGCUUCUCCCUUGCCUACAUAGGGCACAAAGAUUUGCCUGGUCCACAAAAUUUGAUCAAUGUUGGUGAUCCAUAUUUCAAAUCAGCGUUUCAACUACUUCAAGAUCAUCCUCAGGUCUAUCCCGACAGAAUUGGGAUCAUAGGACUCUCCUUUGGAGUCUACCUGACUCUCCGGCUUGCCAGUCAUUCUGGCAUCAAACCUUCCUGUUUGAUUUGUAUCAAUGGACCAGCAGGAAGCACCAUCAAGCUCGCAGACGCAGAUGGCAGGACUGAACAAAUGGAAAAUGACCAGAAAUAUUGGACGUAUGAUGAUCAGGGCAAUGUGAGUUUCAGAGCCGUCUCCUUGCCUGCCAACCUUUCCCCUGAGAGCAAAGUGAAGUUAGAGCAUCUCACAUGUCCAUUAAUGUACAUAGUGGGUGAAGAUGACUUGAGUGCUUCAAGUGUAGAAAAUGCGAACCUGAUUGAGGAGACCCUGAGUGCUGCAGGUAAAUCCCAGCUGCUUACACGGUUGUCGUACCCUGGUGCCGGUCACCUGAUUGAACCGCCUUACACGCCAAAUUCAAGAGCGUCCCUGUGGAGCGUCAAACCACAAAAACUGGUCACUCUGUGGGGGGGUCACCUUGCACCCCACGCUGCUGCUCAGGAAGAUUCCUGGAAGAAGAUCCUGGAAUUUAUGGAAACUAACCUCAGACAUUGAAUUGUUGUACGAUAUUAUCUCAGUCUGGCUUCAGAUGCUCCACAUCAAUAAUGCUGAGGAACCCCUUGAAGUAGCCUCAAUGGUUU